AUGGAGUACGUGUCGCUGAUCAUCCACGAAGACGCGGCCCAUGAUUGCAUCACGAUGCUUGGUGACCUCGGUGUCGUCGAGUUCACGGACCUCAACCCGGAGCUCACGCCAUUUCAGCGUCGGUACGCCUCGUACAUCCAGCGAUGCAACGAGAUGGACCGCAAGCUACGCUGCUUCAUGGUCGAGAUGACCAAGUUCAAGAUCUCGGCCAAGAGCGCAGACAACGUCGACUCGUUCCUCGCUGGCUCACCGGAUGUGUGCCACAGCAGUCAAGACACGACGGUCCGGGCUCUCAACAGCAUCGAGCGCAUCCUCGAGGACAAGGAACAAGAGCUCCUCCAGCUCAACUCGAUGCACGAAAAGCUCACGCGCGAGUACAACGAGCGCAAGGAGCUUCAGGAGAUCAUAUCGCGCAUCGGUGGGCUGGUCGAGACUGAGCUCUCGGACGCGAUGCGCGUCAGCUCGCGCAUGGGUAGCAGCAUCACCACUAGUGUCGACUCACCAAUGGAUGCGUCCGAGUCGGACUUGGCCAUCCGGUUCAAGAACAUCACGGGUGUCGUGCCCGCGGACGAGCGCCUCAAUUUUGAGCGCAUGGUGUUCCGUGCGACGCGCGGCAACUGCUUCAUGCGCUUCUCGGCCAUUGACGAGCUCCUCGCCGACCCGGGUACUGGCGUCGCGGUCGAAAAACACGCGUUUGUGAUCUUUUUCCAGUCGCAGUUUAUCGAGACGAAGCUCCGCAAGAUCUGCGACGCGUUCCACGCCCGCAUCGACACGAUCGAGUUCGUGCUGAACAUGGUGUCCAACACGGCGUCGUACCUGCGUCUCUGGGCACUUUCGCUUGCGCACUCAGAGCUAUCGACUGUCUUCUUCGAGAAGGCGAUGCUCUCGACCAUCAACAUGGACUCGUUUGUUGCGAUCUUCAUCGGCUUUGCGAUCUUUGCCGGCACGACGUUUGGCGUCAUUCUCUGCAUGGACGUGCUCGAGUGCUUCCUUCACGCGCUGCGUCUCCACUGGGUCGAGUUCCAAGGCAAGUUCUACAAGGCCGAUGGCAUCGCUUUCAACCCCCUGCGCCUCAAAGACUUGCGUAGCUCAAUGGAUAGCUAA